AUUAAUGAAACUUUCGAAGAUGAGCCAUUGUCACCAAUCUAUGAGGUAUUCUCGAAUGUUCCUGGCACAAAUCAACAACGAUCCUCUGAUUCACCGGAACCGCAUUCCGGAUCUGGAACUAUCCGUUUAUAUAAAAAUGUACCGAAAUGGUUCCUGAACAAAAGUCCGCUCGGUCGAGUGCCAGCUUUUGAAAUGAAUGGAGUCACUAUCUAUGAAUCUUCAGUGAUCGCUGAAUAUCUUGAUGAAAUAUUCCCGGAAACAGCUAUUCUUCCGCGCCAUCCACUUGCGAAAGCUAAUCAAAAAAUUCUUGCUGAAAGGAUGUCAUCACUCGUUUCCACAAUGUUCAAAACUUUCCACCCCAAUAACGCUAUCGUUCAACAAAACGUCAAUAAGUCAUUGCACAAUGCUCUCCGAAAUGCCCAAUCUUUGUUAAUGGAUGAUUUUUACGGAGGAAAAACAUUAGGCUUUGCCGAUAUAAUGAUGUGGCCAUUUCUGGAAAGAUUACAACUUGUAACAGUUAAUCCUUACACAGAAUUCAGAUAUUUCCCCGGUAUUAAUAAGUGCAUACAUGGCCCAUAUGCAAAGACAACCAGAGGUACAAGUGACUUAAUUGUAACGAAGAAGAUAGCUAACAAUAAUAUUUAA